CUUCCAAAACGCACCGUUUUGGUUAUCUGCUCCAGCACGCUCCAAUAAGAACUCGAACUAGUUCGAUCGAGAACUCUGAUGGACACAAGUCAGAAAGGGUGUUUUUCUUCAUGAUCUCGUCGCUCAAUUGAAUCCCUUUUACUGCUAUGUUGGGUUCAUAAUUGGGUGCAGAUUGUGAUGAGUGGUGAAAUUUGAGGAGUGGAGUGGAGUAGUUUUUGUUUACUGGAGAAAUCUUUGUAGUAGAAGAAGAGAAGAAUGGUGUUAGUGUUGGCAAUUGGGGAUCUUCACAUCCCACAUAGGGCACCCGAUUUGCCUCCCAAGUUCAAAUCCAUGCUUGUUCCUGGCAAGAUUCAGCACAUUAUUUGCACGGGCAAUCUCUGUAUCAAAGAAGUUCAUGAUUACUUGAAGAGCCUUUGCCCUAGCUUGCAUGUUACACGAGGUGAAUAUGAUGAAGAUGCCCGUUUCCCAGAAACGAAAACACUUACGAUUGGACAAUUCAAGCUUGGGUUAUGCCAUGGUCAUCAGGUCGUUCCAUGGGGAGACCUUGAUUCUCUAGCCAUGCUCCAGAGACAGUUAGAUGUCGACAUUCUUGUUAGUGGUCACACCCAUCAGUUCAAGGCCUACAAACACGAGGGUGGUGUUGUUAUUAACCCUGGAUCUGCUACUGGUGCCUACAGCAGCAUCACGUACGACGUGAACCCAAGUUUUGUGCUCAUGGACAUCGAUGGCCUGCGCGUCGUUGUCUAUGUUUAUGAACUCAUUGAUGGAGAAGUAAAGGUUGACAAGAUUGAUUUCAAGAAGACGGCCACAACUGCAAUCCCUUCCACACAGUGACCUUAGCUUCUGUUGGUAUUUGAAGGCUUUGUUCUGCAUCUGAAUUUUUUUUUUUCCUUCUAGUUUUUUAAAUAUUUCCCGGCCUACAUUUUGUGACUAUCUUUUGUUGAAGAUUAUGUGACUCUGUUUUUUUGGUUUCCAUACAUUUUUUAACUUCUUCGUGACUAGGUUUUUGUAUAAGUGAAUGGUGAAAGUUUAAGUUUUAUGAUAAAAUCAAUUUAGAAA